AUGGACAUGAACCGAGUGAGGGGAAGCUUCCCCGCAUUGGCUGGAGAUCAAUUAAAAGUGUACUUUGAUAAUGCUGGUGGAAGCCAAACCUUGGGGACAGUGGUUGAACGCAUCCGAGAUUACCUGUUGAACACCAACGUCCAGCUCGGUGCCAGCUACACAACGAGUAAGCAGUCUACCGACCGUUACAACGAGGGUUACGCUGCGGCGGCGGCCUACAUUGGCGCAUCGCGGGAUGAGAUCGUGCUCGGAGCUUCCACCACGCAGCUGUUCCGAAACGUAGCGUAUGCCCUGAGCUUGGAAGAACAGGAUGAGCUAAUUGUCUCUGCAAUUGACCACGAGGCAAACAUCGCGCCAUGGGUAGACCUCGCUGAACGACAAAAGCUCAUACUUAAGUGGUGGAAGCCCAACUCUGAAGCCCUUGAUGCCAAGACCAACCCCAAGCUGGUCGCAUCAGACCUCACAGCCAUGCUCACCGACAAAACUCGUCUCGUCGCUUGCACCCACACCAGUAACGUCCUCGGCACCAUCCACGACAUCAAGGCCAUUUCCUCAACAGUCCACGCCCGCAAUCCCAAGACACUGGUGUGCGUGGACGGCGUCGCCUAUGCUCCCCAUCGUAAGAUCGAUGUCAAGGACCUCGGUGUCGACUUCUACUCCUUUUCAUGGUACAAAGUCUAUGGCCCGCACAUUUCAAUUCUCUACGCCAGCCCCCUAGCCCAAUCCAUGCUCAAGUCCCUGGGCCACUUCUUUAACCCACACAAGACCCUCGAGAACAAGCUUGGCCUUGCGGGAUCGAGCUACGAGCUCGUGCACGGCAUCCCCGCUGUGGUCCAGUAUCUCGAGGGCGGAGAGACUCCGAUGUGGGAUGCCAUCAUCGCGCAGGAGCGCGAGCUGCAGGAGAUGUUACUCGGCUGGCUUAACUCGCGUAAAGGUGUGACGGUUUGGGGUGAGGGUAGCGCGGAUGUGAGGCUUAGGGUGCCGACCAUCAGCUUCACUGUCGACGGCUGGGGUUCGAGGGAGCUGGUUGAGGCGGUCGAAAGAGACAGUUGCUUUGGGUUUCGCUGGGGGUCGUUUUACUCAGCAAGGCUGGCGGAUGAAGUGCUGCGCCUAGGAGACCAGGGCGUGGUUAGAGUCAGUAUGGUACAUUAUAACACUGUGGAUGAGGUAAGGAGAUUCAUCGAGGCACUCGAGAGAGUGUUGGAUAGUCGGAAGUGA